CCGGGGGGAAGUCGUUUUGUGGGGCAGGGAGGACGGCGAGCUCGGGAGAAGGAAGAGGAGAGGCUCCUCCCGCCUCCGGGGCUGCGCGCGACCAGGCGCAGAGCUAGGCGGCGGUGCCCGUGGCGUCGCUUUCCUCCUCGGGUCGGCCGGGGCAGGGAGGGCAGGGUGGCGCUUAGGGGCCGGGCUCCGAGUCCCCACUUUUCCUCCCUCCCUCCCUCCUCCCGGGCCGUCCCGGGCGUCCCGGCCAAUGAGCGGCGAGAGGAGGGGAGCGGGAAGCGGAGCGCGCUCCGCCGCGGCCCUCCUACCGCGCCCGUGGCCGCAGCGCCAACGCCAAGUUUGCGCCCCAAGAGCUUGCGCUUGAUCGCGUUCCCGCUUCGCUGCUGGGUCCCCGCGAGCUAGGCGGCCGCGCUCCCCCUCGGGACAGCCACCCACGCGCACUUGGGCGAGAGGACGCGCAGCAGGGUGGCGUGGGGCCGGGGUAGCAGUCUCCUGAAGAUGCAGGAUGGCAGCAGAGCCGUCGUCCAGCCUGUCCUACCGCACCACCGGCUCCACCUGUCUGCACCCGCUCAGCGAGCUCCUGGGCAUCCCGCUGGACCAGGUGAAUUUUGUGGCCUGCCAGCUCUUUGCUUUGUUUGCUGCUUUCUGGUUCCGCAUCUACCUAAGUCCCGGUAAAACCAGCCCUGAUGUCCGGCAUGCAUUUGCCACCAUCUUUGGCAUCUAUUUUGUCAUCUUUUGCUUCGGCUGGUACUCUUUGCAUCUUUUUGUCUUGGUGUUAAUGUGCUAUGGACUCAUGGUCACUGCCAGCGUAUCCAAUAUUCACAGAUACUCCUUUUUUGUAGCAAUGGGAUACCUUACAAUAUGCCAUAUCAGCCGAAUAUACAUCUUCCACUAUGGAAUCCUCACUACAGAUUUUUCUGGGCCUCUGAUGAUAGUCACUCAGAAGAUCACAACCUUGGCAUUCCAAGUUCAUGAUGGAUUAGGUCGAAGAGCGGAAGACCUUUCCACCGAGCAACAUCGGCUUGCUGUAAAAGCAAAACCCUCGUUUUUGGAAUACUUAAGCUACCUUCUCAACUUCAUGAGUGUCAUAGCUGGCCCUUGUAACAACUUCAAGGACUAUGUCGCCUUCAUUGAGGGGAGACACACACACAUGAAGUUGCUGGAAGUGAACUGGAAGGAAAAAGGCUUCCACAGCCUGCCAGAACCUUCUCCCACUGGAGCCGUGAUACACAAGUUGUGCAUGACCUUGGUGUCUCUCCUUUUGUUUUUGACUCUUACCAAGACCUUCCCCGUCACCUGCCUGGUUGACGACUGGUUUGUUCAUAAGGCAAACUUUCUGACUCGACUCUGCUACUUAUACGUUGUCAUGCAGGCCUCGAAGCCCAAGUAUUACUUCGCCUGGACGUUAGCUGAUGCAGUGAAUAAUGCAGCUGGCUUUGGGUUCAGCGGAGUGGAUAAGAAUGGAAAUUUCUCUUGGGACCUGCUUUCUAACCUAAACAUCUGGAAAAUUGAGACUGCCACAAGUUUCAAAAUGUACUUAGAAAACUGGAAUAUUCAGACAGCUACUUGGCUGAAGCGAGUGUGCUAUGAGCGUGUUCCCUGGUACCCCACCGUGCUAACCUUCAUCCUGUCUGCCUUGUGGCAUGGUGUCUACCCUGGAUACUAUUUCACCUUCUUAACUGGAAUCCUUGUCACCCUAGCAGCCAGAACGGUGAGGAACAACUACAGACAUUACUUCCUUUCUUCAAAAGCCCUGAAGGUUCUUUAUGACAUCAUCACCUGGGCUGUCACUCAGCUGGCUGUCUCCUACACCGUCGCACCCUUCGUGAUGUUGGCAGUGGAACCCACCAUCAGCUUAUAUAAGUCCAUGUACUUUUACUUACACAUCAUCAGUCUCCUGAUCAUACUAUUCCUGCCAAUCAAACCACAAGCUCAUACUCAAAGGCGGCCUCCGACUCUGAACUCUAAGAAAAAAACAGAUUGAUACCUCCAAAAACAUGCUGAGUGCCUAAGACUGCCACUCAUUGGGCAGGUGAGAUGAAAAGACGCCAGAGUUCUCCAGUGACUUAGAGGUGAUGUUUACAUGCAUCUUUUUUUUGUUGUUUAUUUUUGAAGUGCAGGGAAUAUUUUUAUAAAGCCUUUUUGUACCAUUAAAUCAGCCCCAUCCAGUUGAUUUAAUAUAUUAUAGGACACUUGAGUGGUGUGGAGAAUGUGCUGGAACCACAGAGACAGUGCGUUCAGGGCAGCGGGGUCAGCUUUUCUGGCAUCAUUUCCAGCCAGUGAAAUCUGGAUGUUGGGAAGCUGGGCUUAUGCCCCAGAAAUCAGAAGAUGAAGCUGAGAUGACGUGACUUCCAGAACAUACCCCAAGAUGGCUGUUCCUUGGGAAGCCCCUGAUUUUUUGACUUGUGACAUUUUUUUCAAACACAAUAACUAACUCAGCAGACUACAGGCAGGGGCGGUGUGGAGGGAGCUUUUCAGAAUGCUGUAAGGUCCAUGAGCCAGGAGGACUAACUGUGAACGGACACUCGAAUGGACUGAAGGUCAGGCAUUGUGCCCUGGAGUCAGCUGAGUUCUCCACCUGCUGCCACCCCCACCCCGGACUGUGACCCUUCUUCUUCGAAAUGAGCCAAGGUCGGAAAUCAGAGUGUCUCCUGUCCACGCGUACCACGAGUCUCAGAGGGACUGUUUUCCGCUGCACACAUGCCUUCUGCUUGCCCAGGGAUAGGCAAAUGCCUGGGAAAAUACCCAAAUUUCCUAUGAUUAAGGCAGUGGAAUAUCUUUUUUUUAAAUAAUUUUUUUUUAGGAGUUCCUGCCGUGGCUCAGCAGUAACAAAGCUGACUAGCAUCCGUGAGGAUGUGGGUUCAGUGCUGCUGUGAGCUGUGGUGUAGGUCACAGAUGUGGCUCGGAUCCUGUAUGGCUGUGGCUGUGGUGUACGCCGGCAGCUGUAGCUCAUUUGACCCCUAGCCUGGAAAUUUCCAUAUGCUGUGGAUAUGGCCCUAAAACGACAACAAAAUAAUUUUUAAAUCAAUCUAAAAUCUCUCUUGAAGUUUGGGAAGCAGCGGCAGAUAUUUUUCUUCCCUCACUUCAUGGAGGUGAUCGGGAUUCACAGCUGUGACGUACCCUUGGGCUGGUUUCCAUUUUUUCAGUUUCAUAGCUGAUGAAAUCUGACUGUGCUUUAGUUGAAUCAUCCUGUUGGAAAGCAGAAAUUGAAAGAAUUUUCUUUUCUCUUUGUAAUGAAUGUGCUGUGGCUCCUAGUGGGAACUUUUAUUGGGUGAUGUUCUAUGGGAGAGAAGUAAAUGUGGUAUUAAAUAGGGAAAAUGACAGUAAUGAUAAUAAAAUAUAUGCUACAUUGUUA